AUGUGGCUGAAGCUGAAAGAAUGGGCCGAUGAGUUCGGUCCAAUCUACCAGACUAGCAUGCUUGGCCAGAAGUUUGUUAUCAUCUCCGACGAAGAGAUGGCUCAAGAGCUUCUCGUCAAAAAUGGUAACAAUUUCGCCGGCAGACCACAGAUCCGGGCUCUGAUUGACCACAAACUGGGACCUGCCUACUCUGCAUUGAUGGAUCGGCAUGACACUUGGAAAUUCCAACGCAAAUGGGUCCAUGCCGCAAUGGCUGCAGCACACCAGCAGCACUUCUACGGCCAUAUCGAAAAUGAAGUCAAGCGCUGGCUUGUCACACUGCUGCUGGACCCUGAAAAGUUUCACGGUAACACCCGCGAGCUAACGGGGCGGAUCAUCAGCCGCCUUGCUUGGGAUGACGCCUCUCUCGGCAAGGCGUACGGUGACAGCGCCAUCGCAACACUGACACAAAUGUCAGUGUCUGGCCCUGUGGUCAACACCAUGACCCCUCUGUGGCACCUUGGCGACCUCAUACGGUACAACCCCUGGCGCAACCACGAGGUGGCGCGGGAGAAGAACCAGCGCGCAUGGUGGCUGCGAUCGUUCCGCCUUGCCAAGGCACGAUACCGCAGAAGCGAGCUGCCAAGCGAUACCUGGACAUACCGAUACUUCGAGCAGUUGCAGAAGGCAGGCAAUGAGACCCUAAUGCAAAGUGAAAAGGAUGAAGACUUUGCGGCCUGCAUGCUUGGCUUCCAAUGCCUUGUAGGGGUAGUGACGAUCUCUGGACCUAUGCAGUUCUUCUUGAUGUGCAUGGCGCUUCAUCCUGAAUGGCUGAAGAAGUGCCAAGAUGAGAUCGACAGGGUUUGCGGUGAUCGGAUGCCGACCAGGGACGAUUUCGCAGAGCUUCCGACGGUGAGGGCUUGCUUGAAGGAGACACUCCGCUGGAGAUCCGGUGUUCCUCUUGGUGUUCCACAUCAAUGCGAACAAGAGUCGGAGUUCAACGGUGUCAAAAUUGAGAAGGGCACCAUCAUUCUUGCUUGUGAAUGGAAUAUCAACCGUGUCCGCGAAAAGUAUCCUGACCCUGACCACUACCGACCCGAUCGAUACCUAGAACCGGGCUUCCCGACGUAUCAAGAACCCCUGAGCCGUUAUCCCAAUUUCAGGGAUGGCGUGGGCAUGCACACAUUUGGCUGGGGACGAAGAACUUGCCUCGGCCAGAACCUCGUGGACGAUGAGAUGUUCGUCGCGGGAGCCGCUGUCUGCUGGGCCUUCGACAUGAGUCUGAAGAAAUGCCCUGCGACCGGUAAAGACGUGACCUUCGACACGGAGGCUACGAACUCGAACGUGAUCUUAGAACCACUGCCAUUUCCAAUGCAGUUCAAGGUUAGAAGCUCCGAAAGAGCGCAAACUCUGUUGGAAGGCUACAAUGCCAUCAGAAAUGAGCUGAAGGUUUAG